AUGGAUCUCCCUACACAGGUAUCAUCAGGCACAAACACCAAAGUUACAAACACCGGACAUACCUCCCAGGCCACAGAUGACACGUUCAACACCACCGUCACGCUUUCUUUCUCUCGGGCGCAGUCCUUUCGCCGCGCCGCUCUGAGGUCGGCCCUUUCGGCCUCGAGGUCCGCCUCGACGGCGGCUCGCACUAGCCCCUUUACCGCUCGCGCCAGUGUCCAACGCAGCGCCGUGAAGUGCGCCUCGCCGCAGGCCCUCCGCUUCUUUUCGCAAACCAUGCGCCAGGCCAACGAGGAGCAGAAGUACCCCGCAGAAGAGGCUGCUGAGGCUGCUGAGCCUGUUGAGGCUGCUGAGGCCCGCGAGGAGAGCCUGGGCCAGACUGGGGAAGAUAUUCAGGAGGCGUCGCAGGAGACCCCCCGGUUUGGCACCCCGCCCCCGGUUAGGGACAGCUUUAUCAAUGAUCCGGCCAAGACCUGCUUCAUCCGCAACAUUGUUUUCGAGCUUACUGAGGAACACAUCCUGAAGGCCUUUGAGAAGUAUGGAAAGGUUACUCAGGCCCACAUCGCGCGCGACCCGCGUGGAUUGAGCAAGGGUUAUGGCUUCGUGAGCUUCGAGACGGAGGAGCAAAUGAAGGAGGCUGCCGAGGGGGUCAACGGCUCGUUCUGGCACGGCAGGCGCGUCACUUGCGUCCCGCGGGAUGCCAGCACGACCAGGCCCCUGAGGACGAACCGGGGGCCGACGAACUCGCCGACCAAGCAGCUCUUCAUCGGCAAUAUCCCCUACGAGACGACCGACGUCGAGCUGAACCGUAUCUUCCGGGACAUGACUAACGUCAAGGAUGUGCGUGUGGCGGUCGACCGUACCACAGGCUGGCCGCGUGGCUUUGCCCACGCCGACUUCGAGACGGUGGAAGAUGCUAUGGAAGCCAUGAACAAGCUCCAGGGCACCAUGCUCGGUGACCGCACCCUGCGUUUCGACUAUGCGAACGGUUAUGCCCGGCAGGACCGCCGCCCCAACCAAUCAGACAACCGCAGGCAAUCGUUCGACAACCGCCAGGACAACGACAGGAACGACUAUGGCAACGAAUUUUAA